UCGGCUGGCUUCACCAGAGGUUUGCGAGUUUUUGACAGGUCGGUCUUAUUUUUGUCGGUACCGAAACAACGCGUGUGUUUUAAGGCUUCGAAGAGCUGAUCAAUAUUUUCUCGGAUUAAAACAGUGUUAAUUGCUAAAAAUUGUGUUCAAUUAGUGCUUCGGUGAAUAAUGAACAAAAGUGAAACAGUGGUUUGAUAGGAGAAUGCUGACGAAAGGCAAUACGGCUCCGAUGUUUUAUCGGAUUUUAUCUCGAUUCCCGCCGAACAUUACGUUUUGUUUUGCUUACGGUUCCGGGGUCAAGCAGCAACUGGGACAGGAUGCGGCCCAGAAGAAGAGGAACAUGAUCGACUUGAUCUACACCGUCGACAAUGCCCACCGGUGGCACGCCAGUAAUUUAGAACGAAAUCCGGACCAUUAUUCCGGGCUGAAGUAUCUGGGAAGCAACUUCAUUGCCAAGUACCAGGAAUCGUUUGGAGCGAAAGUAUUUUUCAAUACGCUGAUUCCCAUUCCGGAAGAGGACAUCAUCAUAAAGUAUGGAGUCGUGUGUACGAAGGACCUUCUGGAUGACCUGACCACUUGGUCCAAUUUGUAUUUGGCCGGACGGCUUCAUAAACCUGUAGAAAUCAUCCGGCCUGCCAGUGGUUCCAAGAUACAAAAUGCAAUCGAUACCAAUUUGCGAGCAGCAGUUCAUGCGGCCUUGCUUCUGCUCCCGGAAAAGUUCACCGAGUUUGAAAUGUAUCGGGCCAUAUCCAACAUAAGUUAUGCCGGAGAUUUCCGGAUGAUAUUCGGCGAGAACAAAGACAAAGUGAACAACAUCGUUCGACCCCAACUGGAAAACUUCCGGAACCUUUACGCAUCAACAUUAGCUGACCUAGGACACGUACUGCAACUUCCACAGCAGAACAGCGACAAUUCCAUUUGCAUCCAGGACCAGUCGGAGAAAACCAUCCUCUACCAUCUGAAUCACCUUCCAAAAUGGCCAGUUCGACGAAUCGUGCACAAGCAAACCAAGGGACGCUACCGGCAGGACACCGAAGAUAUCUUAACGGAUGUUUCCAAGUCGACCAACUAUCGGGAAAUCGUUGCCCAUUGUUUGCGUGCAAUCGUGUGGCAGAGUAGCGUUAAACAGUCCAUCAAGAACAUCCCGUCGGCAGGGUUGACCAAAUCGGUCCAAUACAGCUGGUCCAAGGCAUUGAAAACGUUCACCUAGUGUGAGGGAAAGACUGUCUUCUAGGCACUGCAUUUAAUAAGUUUAGCAUGAUUGACGCUAGUCACGAUAGUGAGAUGGUAUUGUUUCAUUUGGAAUAAAGUGUGUUAGCAAACA